GCUUGGACUCGAGAGAGCGGACACGGCUGAAAAGGCUCUUACUGUCAUAGUUGAUUUGCUAGAAAAAUAUGGACAGGGAGGAAACUGUAUGGAGAGCCACAUGGCAUUUACAUAUCAUAACAGUUUUCUGAUAGCUGACAGAAAGGAAGCAUGGGUGCUGGAGACAUCAGGAAAAUACUGGGCAGCAGAAAAAGUUGAAGGUGGUGUACGGAAUAUUUCCAACCAGCUCUCUAUCACAACCAAGAUUGACAGAGAACACCCAGAACUGAAGGAGUAUGCCAAAAGCAAGGGCUGGUGGGAUGGAGAAAAGGAAUUUGAUUUCGCUGCCACAUAUUCUUAUGUAAAUACUGCCAGAAUGACUACAUCCAGAGGCCGAUAUUGUGAAGGUUAUAAACUUCUGAACAAACACAAAGGAUCUAUCACUUCUGAAAUAAUGAUGGAAAUUCUUCGUGACAAAGAAAGUGGCAUUAACAUGGAAGGUGGAUUUAUGACAACUGGAAGCAUGGUGUCUGUAUUGCCUCAGCAGCCUAAUCUGCCAUGUAUUCACUUCUUUACGGGAACUCCAGAUCCUGCGAGGUCUGUAUUCAAGCCUUUCAUUUUUGUGCCCAAUGUUACGCAGUUACUAAAAACUAGCUCCCCUACAUUUGGUCAUGAUGAUCCAGUUAAGAAGCAACCACGUUUUCAGAAUAAGCCAGAUCGAAGACAUGAGCUCUAUAAAAAACAUGAAAGUGCUGCUGUAGUUAUGGAAACUAUGGAGGGCAAAGGCAAAGAGAUGCUGAAAGAGAUUCAGGAGUUGGAGAAGCAGAAGAUAAGUGAAAUGGAAUCAAUCCUGCAAAACGGACGUUUUGACAUUAACCAAGUGGUUAACCUUUUUUCACAGUGUGUAGAAGAAGAACUCAAAAUAUAUAGCUAAAACUAUUUGAAUGAGGUAAAAUUCAGUUUUAUGAUUGACUUUUCUUGUGAAGUGGCUAUAGAUUAUAUCUUAUUUUCAAUAUACCAGUUAAUAUGGACAAUUUUAAAGAUGCAGAUUCAUAUUCAAGCCAAACAACUUUUGGUUGUAUGAACCAAUGCUGAAAAGGCUCUUAAGAGCUAGGCAGUGGCUUUGUCUGUAUGUGGCAUAAAGCUGUCAGGAGACAUUGAUUUCGCCAACAAACAGCUGCAAGUAGUAUGUAAUAGCUUGAUUAAAGUGUGGAACAACCACAUCU